CUGUUUCAGGUUUUGCAUUGGGCCCCGAGAAGCUACAAGUUACCCCUCCCGGUUAACCCCUUGUGCACCGACCUCACCAAUCCCCACCCUCAAUUUGUUUGUUGUUGUGCAUUUGUUUCUGCGCUUCGCCUGCGCUCCCUUCAGGAUCCUACAUCACAUGACACCCGUGGUACGCAAGCACAGGAGGCGUGUUUACCUUACUGCCCGGAACCUUUGUGUUUAUACUUGUUGUUACACGGAAGGAUUUCAGAGUGCGCAGUGUAUGGAAAUUUCUAGGCUGUAGUUUUCCGGUGUGCUGGAAAAGAUGGGUCGUAGCAGGAGUAGAUCUCCGGAGAGACGGAGAGAACGCAGACGUUCCAGGUCCGCUUCUAGAGAACGCGAGAGGAGGAGACGAGAGCGUUCCAGGUCCCGGGAAAGACGUAGAAGCCGAUCACGCUCUCCACAUAGACGCCGCUCCAGGUCGCCCCGCAGGCACAGGUCCUCCUCCCUCUCUCCUAGUAGACUUAAGGAUAGACGCGAUGACGACAAGAAGGAAGGUAAAGAUUCCAAAGUGGUCAAGGAGCGACAGAUGACAGCGGAGGAUCUUGAAGGAAAGACUGAAGAGGAAAUUGAAAUGAUGAAGUGUAUGGGCUUUGGUUCAUUUGAUACCACCAAAGGGAAGAAAGUAGAGGGAUCUGUUAAUGCAUAUGCCAUAAAUGUGUCUCAAAAAAGAAAAUACAGACAAUACAUGAACAGAAAAGGAGGAUUUAACAGACCUUUGGACUUUAUUGCAUGACCUAUCGGAGCGGUCUGUACAGGAAACGGAUCUGCCUCCACACCAUUGCAGACGUGCCUGUGCGGGUGACAUCACUAUCCUCACAACUACAUGUAGGCAGCUCUGGUCUAGCUGGUCAUACUAAGAACUUGUGAGAGUUGAGUAUCAAGAAUUUUGUUUAGCUCAGUUUUCUCCCUUUUUGUUUCAUUUUUAUUUAGAUGCGCUUUUUUUCCUUCAUGGUAUUGUAUAAUAAAGUUUUGUUAUGUAACAAGUAACAUGCGUUCCAUCCUGUCUCCAUCCCACCCAUAGGGUUCCUUCACACAGUGAAUUUUUUGUUGUUAAUAUAUAUAAAAAUACUAGCGUUUUUGGUGGGCUAUUUAGAUUUAGGUGCUUUUUGUAUGUUUUUCUAGUCCUAUAGCAAAACAUAUUUCUUUUGCAGUGCUCUGUCUGAAGAGUGCAUGCGCCGCUAUAUUUUCCCCUGCUCUCACAUUCUGCGCUGGGGAAAAUCUAGCGGCGCAUGCUGUCUUCAGACAUUCUGUUCGGACGUUUUGUUGAAUCCAAUGCAUAUGCAUAGUGGAGGGGCAGGCUUUGGAGCCUUACUACCGGAGUGAGAGGCGGCCAGCCGGCGGGAGAGACUCCUUCAGUGCACUUAUUCUUAUUAGAAAUCCCAUAACUAGAUAUCUCGGCAGCCAGUUGGCGAAAAGAAGUGGCCCCUUGUUUGAAUCCUGUUCACCCACACUAUAACCCAGUCUAUUGGGUUUAGUGUGGGUGAAUAAGCUGACCGUUUUCCUUUUAAGGUUGAAAAAAAGACCAGAGUCCAAGUUCCACCUAUAACCUUAUUUUGUCCCUACAGUGUUGAUCCAGAAGAAGGCAAAAAAAAACUUUAUGAGGCUGAUGCCAAUUGCCCCAUACCAAGGGAAAAAAUUCUUUCCCAACUCCAAAUAUGGCAUCAGAAUAAAUUCCUGGAUCGCUCUUUCCCUAUAAAUCUAUUAUUCAUAACUUGUAAUGUUAUUACUCUCCAGAAACACGUCCAGGCCUCUCUUAACCUUUCUUUCUGUGUUCACCAUGAUCACAUCCUCUGGCACAGCAUUCCAGUCUCACUGCUCUUAUAGUAAUGAGCCCCCAUCUGUGCUGGUGUAGAAACCUUCUUUCUUCCAGACGUAGAGGAUGCCCCCUUGUUAUGGAUACAGUUCAGGGUAUAAAUAGAUUUUAUACAUAGUUAUUAGGUCGCCCCUCAGUCGUCUUUUCUUUCUUUUUUUCUAAAUAACCCUAAUUCUGAUAAUCUUUCUGGGUACUGUAGUCCUCCCAUUCCCUGUAUUACCCUGGUUGCCCGUCUUUGAACCCUCUCCAGCUCCACUAUAUCUUUCUUGUACACUGGUGCCCAGUACUGUACACAGUAUUCUAUGUGUGGUCUGACAAGUGAUUUGUACAGUGGUAGAAUUAUUUCCUUGUCGUGGGCAUCUAUGCCCCUAUUGAUGCACCCCAUUAUUUUAUUUGCCUUGGCAGCAGCUGCCCGAGACUGGUCACUACAGCUAAAUUUACGGUUAACUAAAACUCCUCCUAAGUCCUUUUCCACGUCAGUCGUCCUUAGUGUUCUCCCAUUUAAUACAUAAUCCCAGCCCCAAUUCUUCCUCCCCAUGUGCAUUACCUUACAUUUAUUGGUUUUGAACCAAUCUGCCACUUUCCAACCCAAACCUCCAACCUAUCCAGAUCCAUGUGUAACAGUGCACUGUCCUCUAUUGUGUUAAGCAUUUUAGAGCUAGGUAUCAAAACUUGUGGUACCCCACUAGUAACAGUCACCCAAUCAGAGUAUGUAUCCUUAAUAACCACCAUUUGUUUCCUGUCACUGAGCCUGUUACUUAAUCCAGUAAUGCACAGUAGGAAUACACUGCCUGGUUUAGCUUCAUAGACUUAAUUUACAUAUCGGGGUUGUCUUUUUUAUUUAUGUUGCAGAGAAAAAGAAAACAUUUGUAUUUGAUUUUUAAUAUAUUACGAUUUUUGCAUCCAUCGAGCUAAUACAUUCUAUCCUUUAAAAUCUUAAUUAUUGUUUGUACACAGUAUAAUAAAACAUAUCCAUUGACUUCUAUUGACAAAAUGUAUCCCAACACAUGGUCUGUUUUUAAGUUUCCACACGAUUUUGUUUUUGGUUGACCACGAUUUCUUCAUCUCAAUUAAACAGAUUUCAAGUG